UUAAUGACGUCACGAUGAUACUUUCCGUCUAUUGGCUGCUGUACUUCCUUGUUUACCGUGUUGCUCAUGUUCAAUAAGCGCUACGGGAAAAACAUCAUUGCUGUUAAUGGAGCGUUUAUUGUGCGACAAACACAAGAUAGUAGCGAUAUAAUACAAACAACUGUCAACCAAGCCAACAUAUCUAAGGUUGUCGUGUAGUGCGCUCGCUGUCCGCUCGUCUUUAGAGGAUUAAAGAGCGAUGAUGGCGUCCAGCUAUAACGCGAAGGAUGAGGAUGGUCACCAUCCGGGAUCGGUGAGUUCCGGUGGCCCGGGCUCGGUCAAGAGCAAGAAGCCCGAUAACACGGCCUUUAAACAGCAGCGUCUGCCCGCCUGGCAGCCCAUUCUGACCGCGGGCACCGUCCUGCCAGCCUUCUUCAUGAUCGGACUCAUCUUCAUCCCCAUCGGCAUCGGACUCUUCGUCACCUCUAACAACAUCAAAGAGUUUGAGAUCGACUACACUGGUGUUGACAUGUCCAGUCCGUGUUUCAACUGCGCGCAGAACUACAGCUGGAACAGCACCAGCGUGUGUACCUGCUCUGUGCCCUUCACCCUAGACCAGCCUUUCGAGAGUAAUGUUUUCAUGUACUACGGACUCUCCAACUUCUAUCAAAACCAUAGACGUUAUGUCAAGUCAAGAGAUGACAGUCAGCUGAAUGGAGAUAAAAGCUCUUUACUGAGCCCAAGUAAAGAGUGUGAACCGUAUCGAACAAGCGAGAAGAAGCCCAUUGCUCCCUGUGGUGCCAUUGCUAACAGUCUCUUCAAUGAUACUUUGGAGCUGUUUUACAUCCAUCCAAACGGAAGCAGAAUAGCUAUUCAUCUGGUAAAGACGGGCAUUGCUUGGUGGACUGACAAGCAUGUGAAGUUCAGAAACCCAGGAGGAAGCAACAACAACCUUUCCGUUGUGUUCCAAGAUACAAGCAAACCUGUAAACUGGGGCAAAGCCGUUUAUGAGCUGGACCCGACUGAUUCUGAGAACAACGGUUUCAUCAAUGAGGAUUUCAUUGUGUGGAUGAGAACCGCCGCUCUCCCCACCUUCAGAAAACUGUACCGCAUCAUUCAGAAGAAGAAGGACAACCUGACCCCAACAUUACCGCCUGGAAACUACAGUCUCGAAGUCAUCUACAAUUACCCAGUGCGCAGCUUUGACGGCCGCAAGCGUAUGAUCCUCAGCACCAUCUCCUGGAUGGGAGGGAAGAACCCUUUCCUGGGCAUUGCCUACAUCACCGUGGGAUCUGUGUGUUUCUUCCUGGGAGUGGUCCUACUGAUCAUCCACCAUAAAUAUGGCAACCGCAACAACAAUGCUGACAUUCCCAAUUAAAUGCGAGUCAGCACACGGUGGUCUGUACACUGAAACAAGAUGGCGUGAGUUAUCUGUCAUAUCUCAUGCAGGAAGAUGCUCCUGUACACACUGGUGGCCAGAAGGACUGCUUGCAAAAUUAUUGUGUAUGCACUGGCUGUUUUUAAUGAUCUGUUUUAAGCAUUUCUUUCAUCCACACCAAAGCUUUAUAUUGGAAAUAUGAGCAGUAUCUUGAUUGGUUUUGACACAGUUGAUCUUUCUACAUUAAGUAUUUUGUGGUGAGGACAGUAUGACGGCACUACGGAGUAACUGAAUGAUGUGUAGUCAUACAGUAGGACUGUAUUUGAGUGAAUCCUUCACAAAAAUGUCCAGGUCAUAUUUUGCCUAAAAACCAAACGAAAAGGGAAAAAACAAAACAAAGAAGCACUUUGUAUUAGUCUUUUCGGUACUGAAAUUUUUCCCUCUAGCAUUUUGAGCGCUGUUGAACGGAUUCUUGAAUAACUCUGAUUGGCCAUUGUGAUCACGCACUCAACAGAUAUGUCUCUGAUUGGCCAUUGUGUUCAUGCGCUCCACAUAUAUUUCUGUGAUUGGCUACAAUGAUCAACACACGGGAGCGUUUGAAAGCAGACGUCUAUCCACGGAUCCGGACACCUGCUUUCAUACACUCCCGUGUGUGUAUCUGUGUAAGCGCUCGGUGACGAGCGUCAAAGAUGUCUAUUUACAACAUGUUUUUGAAGUAUUGAUCAUUGUAGCCAAUCACAGACAUAUAUGUUGAGCUCGUGAACACAAUGGCCAAUCAGAGACAUAUCUGUUGAGCGCGUGAACACAAUGCCCAAUCGAAGGUGUUUACGAAUCCAAUCAACGGUGCUCAAAAUGCUAGAGGGAAAUCAUCACAUUUUUAAAAUUUCAGGACUGACUUUGUACCGAAGUCCCUACUUUUCACAACACCACUAUAUAUUGACAGUUUCCAUGAGCACAUUUUCCCCUAAAAAUUCACCUUGACAUUUUACUUCUUAGUUUGUUUGUAAUUCUUAUGUCAUUAUUUUAAUUACAUUCUCUUUUACGAUUAAUAUAAGCAUAAACUACAGGCAAGUGCUACAUAUUCUAUCAUAGUGUAUUAAUUAUUAUUUAUUUAUUAUUUUUUGCAUUAUUAUAAUAAGAAUUUGGGGAAUUGUGCUUAUUUGUCAUUGUUACAGAGCAAAACAAACAUGUGGGGCUAAAAACAUUUUUUUUUUUCCUUUUGAUUUUGAGGUGAAAUAUGACUGAUCUUGACUGGCUUUGUGAGAUUCACCCAUUUGGGUAUUAAUGCUGAUGGUAUGGUACAAUCACAUCAGGCAUGGAUUUUAAUCAGUGAUUUUUUAUAAGAAUGCAAUAUUCCUGAUAAGACAGUUUGUCAUGCAAAUCAGCAAGGACUGUUGUACUGUAUUAUUUGAAAUGCUAAACUGUGAUGGUCUAGAUAUGCUUAAAGCUAAUGUGUACAUUUUGUUUCAGUUUCCUCUUUGAAAAGCUUGUUCUGUGCAAUGUGUAUUUAAAAAGGAUAUGUGUGUGUGUUUAGCAACUGCUAUGAAAUCCUUUAUCCUGCUCAGUUCUGUGUGUCUGUUGUUUGGCCAAAGUCAUAUCAUUUACUUAAAAGAGUUGUGUGAUAAUAAACGACAAAAGCAUGAGAGA